UACACUACUACAAAAUGACUCUUCCUUCUUUAGCAUGACAUGAUCAGACCUUUCCCAACUCUCUCUCUAUCUAGAAAUGAGUCUUCUGGUUUGGUCGGCACUGUUUUCUUCUAUUCUUCUCUGUUUCUCUGAUAUUGUUUCAGGUACAACAACCAACUCCGUCAAUCUCAGUGACCAGUUUGAAACCCAAACAUACAUAAUCAGAGUCCAAAACAAUUUGAAACCUUCAGUUUUCUCAGAUGUUGAACAUUGGUAUAGUUCUACACUCAAAAGUCUCACUUCUGAUCAACUAAAAUUAGACCAUGAGAAAACCCAAAACAAGAACAGCAAAAAUGAUUUUCUUCACGUAUACAAGACUGUUUUUCAUGGGUUUUCAACAAAAUUAAAUCAACAACAGGCAGAAGAGAUUAAGAAUCGUCCUGGUGUUUUAGGUGUUUAUGUAGACCGAGUUCGGAAAAUUCAUACAACUCGAUCACCUCACUUUCUUGGACUUACUGGUCCCAGUGCUCAUAGUGCAAAUGGCCUACUUAAGGGUUCAGAUUAUGGUUCGAAUGUUGUAAUUGGUAUUCUUGAUACGGGUAUAUGGCCUGAACGGCGAAGUUUUCAUGAUCGUGGUCUUGGUCCUAUACCUUCUCACUGGAAAGGUGAGUGCAUGGAAGGAAAAGAGUUCUCUAAAACGCUUUGUAACAGAAAACUAGUCGGGGCAAGGUAUUUCCCUAAUGGCUACACAGCCACAGCUGGAGUAAUUAAUGAGACGACAGAAUUCAGGUCGCCGAGAGAUUCCGAUGGACAUGGGACUCAUACAGCGUCUACAGCCGCUGGACGUCACAGACAUCACGCAUCCUUGCUAGGUUUAGCUAGUGGAGUUGCUGCUGGAAUUGCACCAAAGGCACGAAUUGCAGCCUACAAGAUAUGUUGGGAAAGAGGUUGUUUCGACUCUGACAUACUUGCUGCCAUUGACAAAGCCGUUGAAGAUGGUGUAGACAUCAUUUCUCUCUCUGUUGGCUCUGGUGCUGUACCUUACUAUCAAGACCCAAUUGCCAUGGGAUCUUUUGGUGCAAUGGAAAAGGGUGUAUUUGUUUCGGCUUCAGCGGGAAACGAAGGUCCGGGAAUAAUGACAGUAGCUAAUAUAGCUCCUUGGAUAACAACAGUAGGUGCCGGAACUAUAGAUAGGAAAUUUCCAGCUGAUCUUAUCUUAGAAGAUGGGCGCGUUAUCAAAGGAGCUUCUCUUUAUAGCGGUCCACCGUUACCUGAGAAUACGUUUUUCCCUCUUGUUUAUGCUGGAAAUUUAUCUGCAAAUGUUCAUAACGGUACCAACACAUCCUCGAGAAGCAGUGGGUUUACUUCUGCUAUUUGCAUGCCGAACUCGUUAGAACAAGAGCUUGUCCGUGGGAAAAUUGUUCUGUGUGAUCGCGGCGGGGUUCCACGAGUUUCAAAAGGAGUGGUCGUGAAAGAUGCUGGCGGGGCGGGGAUGAUCCUUGCUAAUGUGUCGCCUGAAGGAUUAGGCUUAGUUGCUGAUGCACAUGUGCUCCCUGGGUUGGCUGUGACUGAAACGGAUGGAUAUACAGUUCAUGGUUAUAUUGCCACAUCAAAGAAUCCCCGUGCCAAGUUUGUUUUCCAUGGGACUCAGUUAGGCACGAAACCAGCUCCAGUUGUUGCGGGCUUUUCAUCAAGAGGGCCAAAUCUCGAAUCGAUUUACAUCAUCAAACCUGAUAUAAUAGCACCAGGAGUCGAUAUCUUAGCUGCUUGGCCGGGUAAUGUGAGUCCUACAGGUUUAUCAUCUGAUCUCAGACGUACAGAAUUUAAUAUACAAUCUGGUACUUCUAUGUCGUGCCCACACGUGACGGGCCUAGGUGCUCUUCUGAAAGGGGCCCACCCUGAUUGGUCACCGGCAAGGAUUAGAUCAUCUUUGAUGACAACGGCUUACAUACACGACAGUACAGGGAGAGUUCUUUUAGAUGAAGUCAACUACAACACAUCCAAGGCUUGGGAUAUGGGUUCUGGGCACGUGAAUCCAGAGAAAGCCCUUGAUCCUGGCCUUGUUUACGAUCUAACGGUUGAUGAUUAUUUAGAUUUCUUAUGUGCAUCUAAUUACACCGCUCGCAACAUAAGAUCCAUAGCUCGUAGACCGGUUGAUUGUACCAAGAAAGGAUUACAACCUUGGGAUUUAAAUUAUCCAUCAAUUUCUGUUGUGGUGGACCAAUCCAAACCGUCAAAGAUUGAGAUUGAAGUUAGAAGAACUUUGACGCAUGUUAAUGAUGGUGCAUCAAGUUAUACAGUGAAGAUAGAAAAUCCACUGGGAGUAAUCGUGAUGGUUGAUCCUCCUAAGCUUGAGUUCACUCACAGGGAAGAGAAAAAAAGCUUUGUGGUAAAGAUUGUGACGGAGAAAGUUGCGAUGACACCAGGAAAUACAAGGAGUGAAUUUGGUAGGUUGACGUGGUCAGAUGGUGAACACAUGGUUAGCAUGCCGAUCGCAGUGACAUGGCAGGAAUCUUACUGAGAAGUAAGAGUUUCAUGUUCUAAUUAGUAAUUAUCAAGUGUUCAUGAGAAUGAAUAUAUUUAAGUGACAAAUGUAUAAGAAUUUUCGUUCAAAAACUAUCUGGUGUUGAAUGGUUAUUUCUAUAUAACGAGUGAACAACUGAAUAUAAUAAUACCUUCCUUCUGCAAAA